GAGGAGGCUGAGCGCAAGCGUGUCGCAGAGGAAGAAGCCGAGCGCAAGCGGGCCGCAGAGGAAGAAGCCGAGCGCAAGCGGGCCGCAGAGGAAGAGGCUGAGCGCAAGCGGGCCGCAGAGGAAGAAGCCGAGCGCAAGCGGGCCGCAGAGGAGGAGGCUGAGCGCAAGCGUGUCGCAGAGGAAGAGGCUGAGCGCAAGCGGGCCGCAGAGGAAGAGGCUGAGCGCAAACGAGUUGAAGAGGAGACCGCGCGGGAGAAGGCCAAGGUUGAAGUAGCGGACGCCAAGCUCAGUGGGAAAAAACGGCAGAAGUUGGCGAAGAAGAAGAUAGAACGCUGUCGCAAGCAAGCCGCGACGCGGCGACUGAAUUCCGCAGCGGCGGAGACUGUUGCUGCAGCAGCAGCCGCGCAAGGCGUUGUGGAUGUCCCGCUCGUGAGCGUUCACGCUUGUGGAGCCGCGGCGGCGAACGACGCUUCUGCGGCCGCCCCCUCCCAGGAGACGCUCCUGGCGGAUGCCCUGACGUUUCCGAACGGUAGCGUGACCGUCGAACGCUUUGACGACGAUGAGCUGGUGGCGCGGCGGCGCAGCGCCGACGACGCGUGGGACAUUGGCCUCCGCUUUGACUGGACCCUCAAAACAUUGGCGAUCGGCUCUAUGCCGGUGUUCGGCUGCACCGACCCCCGCCGGCUGCAUCCCUUCGUGCAGCGGUACCAGUCGCGGCCGGUGUGGUUCCUCGAGGAGGUGAACGGCGUCAAGGCAAACAACAUCCGCGAGGUGAUGGAGGCCCUCAAGAAGAGCCUCACAGCCCGGUUUGUUUUCCGAAAGUAA